CAGCGGUAGUGCCGGAGCAGGCAGUUGUAUUUGAACUGCAAGUCUGUUUCUUUGUUGGGAAUACAGUUGUGGCUGUGGAUUGUGGACCAAGCGAAUUGCACGGUAUGUCUGCUACUGGACUUGUUUUCCUUGUUGCAUCACUUGUUGUUGCUGGUGAAGGACACAAAUGUACAGACAUCUCGAGGAUUUCUGGACUGCAACAUGACACCAAGCUUUUGUCUUCAACGUUUCGGGUUUUCAACUAUGUAGGGUUCAUGGGGUGUGCUAAGGAGUGUCUUUCACGACGGCGUUGUAAGUCCUUCAACUUUGACUUGAACAAGUCGGAAUGUGAACUGAAUGAAUUGUCUACUUCCGUUUCUGUGUCCAGCAGCAUCGUAAAUGUCCAGAACAGUGUUGUCAUUGAUAUUGACCAAUGGCCAGGAAGGGUAACCGGAGCCUGUCAGAACCAUUCAUGCCCAAUUAACUCUGUGUGUCAGGUUCGUACUGAUGAAACUACUUUAUGUCGAGUUGAGUGCAGUGAUCCGCCAAGUUUGACCAAUGGUGCAAUCACAUUGACCACUAUAUCAAAUGACGUCGACUCCGUCAUCGACUUCACGUGUUCAUCUGGAUAUGAAAAGAUGGGAUCAGCUGUUUGUCAGCCUGAUGGUUUAUGGUCUAAUUAUUCCUGUGUUCAAGGACCUGCUUGUUCCUUACCAAUGAUUCCAAACAUUACCAUUUCGAGCCAGGCCAUCCCUCCUUUCCCUUCAGGAACACUUGUCAACUAUUCUUGCCCGGAAGGUCAUCUUGGAAGUGGAAGUCUGGUUUGUACAACAAACGGUACCUGGUCCUCAGUUCGCUGUGAACAGGGUUGCACUGAUCCACCGUCGGUUGUAAAUGCCAAUAUCAAUAAUUCAUCUACCACGUUUGCAGUGGGAACUGUCGUUGAUUACAGCUGCAUUCAUGGAUACAUUGCCAGUGGUCAAGUUAAAUGUCAAUCAACUUAUACAUGGUCAGCCAUGGACUGUAUUAAAGCAUGUAUGGACCCUCCAAGCAUAGCAAAUGGAACUCUUAUUGAUGUCGGGGAAGGACCGUGGCUGAAUGGAACACUCGUCAACUAUAAAUGCGAUCAAAUACUUUACAAGUUUGGUGGUAUUGGGCACAAGGUCGAGUGUUUAGACACUGGUCAGUGGAGCAGCCCUAGCUGUCAUCCCAUACGAAAAUGUGACCACGUCAGAACGUGUCGCUCAUCAUAUGGAGAUGGGGAAUAUUGGAUGUAUCCUACAGCCUUUGGCUCCACGGCCGUAAAAAUCUACUGUCAUCAAAUGGCAUCCUCCCCAGAGGAAUACAUCACCUUACCAGGAGAGACGUCCGUUGAUUACUCCAACACAAACUGUGAGCAGAACAAAGGCCAUAUGGAAUUCAAAGCAUGUAAAACUACAAUAUUCAACAGAGCCAAAGUACAGAUAUGGCACAUGAUGAGUUUCAGUCCACAGCUAAAGGAUACAACAUUUAUCAACCAACCAAGCUGUGAUGAUAUAAGAAUGGGCUGGGUGUACGACUGUUCGGGUAGUUGUUCUGGCGUCAGUGCCCGUAGGUUUAAGAUCAAUACAACAGGAACUGGAGUAAUAGUAGACCCAAACCAGAAGUGGUUGGCUGCGAGCGGACAGGUUGUCAUUACAAGAACAGAGUCAAACAGGGUUGUUUCAGGAAGCUGCAAGAGGUCAUGUGGAUGGUGCACUCCUGAAAGCUACUAUAUUAAAUACAUCAUAGAUCCUGCGUAUCUCCCGCCGACUGAAUCUGCCACAAAACCAGAAUGUGUUUUUUGAGACAUUUCCGACCUCAAUCGUACAACACAAUGGUUAUUUCUAUUAUGUUUACAAAACAUUUGUUUGGAACCUGACAUGCUUCAAAGUUUGUUUGGUGCAUAUAUCACACAUACAUGGGUUAAAUACGUACACACACACACACACACACACACACACACACACACACACAUCUCUCUUUGUCUAUCUCUAUACAUACAUAAUGAACAAGCUGAUAAUGAACUGACGGUUAUAACGAACUGAAUUUUUGUCCCGGCCAUUUUUUGUAUGUAUACUAUGCUCAUAACGGACUUCGUUUAUAUCGAACUAAUAUUAGUGGUCCCUUUGAGUACAUCCCUCUUCCGGAGCUACAUCUAAAUAAAUAUUCUGACCAAUAGAAUGCACAUUA